AUGUCGAAUUUAUCAAAGCUUGAAUUUGUGGCACUUGACAUUUCUGGAAAGAACUAUUUGUCAUGGGUACUUGAUGCUGAAAUUCACCUUACCGCUAAGGGUCUUGGUGAUUGUAUAAUCGAAGGAAAUAAGGCAUCAAGUCAGGAUAAAGCGAAAGCUAUGAUUUUCCUUCGUCAUCAUCUUGAUGAAAGCCUGAAGGUUGAAUACUUAACAGUGAAAGAUCCACUUGAAUUGUGGAUAGUUUUGAAAGGGAGGUAUGACCACCUCAAGGCAACGGUAUUGCCAAAGGCUCGUUAUGAGUGGAUGCACUUACGGUUUCAAGAUCAUAAAAUCCAUAAUGACCUUUUAAUGAAAAAUCAUGAAGCCCGUCCCACUAGAAGUGCUCCAUUACCGGAGGCCCACGGGGUAGAAGCACAUGGCCAGUCUGAAAUAAAAUAG